UAUUUUUCCCUUAAAUAAAAGAAGCCAUGAAACAUUAUUUCGUAACUACGGAAACGAAGUACAUAAUUUUAAAUUGUCAAACUUGAAGAGUGAAAAGUUUAUUUGUGGCGUCUUUCCAAAGUGUUGAUUUUUUAACGUUUUAAAAAGCCAAAGUAACGUGUAAAAUGAUGAGUGAUGAUGACUGUUCCAUUUCUGGAACCCCCCCAGAACUCACGGAGGCAGUGAAUGCUGCAUCAUUGGAAUUGUUACCAGUAAAAUCUAGAAAUAAGUAUAACUAUGCAUACAACCGCUUCAUGGACUACCGUACAAAUAAAAAUGUAAUUUCUUUCUCGGAAAAUUCUUUCCUGGAGCUUGGUUCCAAGAUGAAAUCUUCAACUUUAUGGGCCAAUUAUUCAAUGCUGAAGGCAACCCUUACAAUUAGACAUGAUGUGGAUAUAUCUAAAUAUUCAAAAAUUCGGGCAUUCCUGAAACGGCAAGCACAUGCCUAUAAGCCAAAAAAAUCCAAGAUUUUAACUAAAGAAGAAAUAAACAAAUUUAUUAAGGAAGCUCCAGAUAAGGAAUAUUUAAUGAUUAAGGUAGCUGUAAUAUUUGGAAUUUCCGGAGCUUGCAGAAUGGAUGAGCUGGUUAAAAUGACUGUACAAGAUAUACAAGACCUACUAUCUAAACUUUUAGUUACCAUACCGGAUUCAAAAACCAAUACAUCAAGAUCAUUUAUAGUAAACGAAAUGUACUUAAAUCUAUACCGCAAGUAUGUCUCUUUAAGACCAAGAGACAUGAAUACCACUCGGUUUUUUUUAAGUACCAAAAUGAAAAAGGUUGUAAACAAGUAGUAGGAAUUCACCAAUUUAGAAACAUGCCUAAAAUAGUGGCCAGUUAUUUGAAUUUGCCAAACUCGAAAGAAUAUACCGGCCACUGCUUUCGUCGGUCUUCUGCCACAAUACUUGUUGAUUCUGGUGGAGAUAUUACUAGUUUAAAGAGACUGGGUAGAUGGAAAUCAAUAAUCGUCACUGAAGGAUAUAUAGAAGAGUCUCUUACUAAUAAGGAAGAAGUGGCAAAUAAAAUUUUCACAGCAGAAAAAAUCAAGAAAGUAAAUCUAAUAUUUCUAAUACUGCAGUAACGCCCAAUAUUAGUUAUUGUCGUACAAAUAAAAUUAUUAGUUUGGAAAAUAUUCAACAAAAUAAUGCUAUUAAUUCCCAAGUUCUUCCAGUUUUCAAUACUUGUACUAAUUGUCAAAUAACAGUAAAUAUAACAAACAAUAAGUAAUAAUUUUAAAA